CUCAACAAUGCAGAACACUCUGUAAAUUUCCAGUCUGGUAAAUUCACGAUCUUCAUCAAAAUCCCACGUUCACGUGGUCCGUAUCUGAGAAGUGAAAUGCCUUCAACCGGUUCUCGGGGCGCAUCGAGCGCUCUUUUCGCCUGUGUCUUCGUUCUUCUUUCAGCUUGGGCUGUUCGCGAGCUUCGCAUCGGUCCAGUAGGAAAGAAAGCCGGCGAACUUCUCGAGCCGGUUGUCAACUCGAAAAUCAUCGAGGAGUACGGCAACACGGAGCUCAGAUAUGACUACACCGGCAUCGCUGGGGUGGAUUUCAUCUUGCGAUUUCUAGUUGUCGUAUUUCUUCCCGGAGCUCUCGGCAUUGAUCAGGGCAUCAAGCUCCAGGCAGUUUACUUUCUGCUUUCGUUUUUCCCUGUUGUUGCAAUCAUGAGCAUUGAGGCCGGCCGAUUGCGAAAUAAAUGGUCAUUGAUUUAUUUCACGUCGGUUUGGGCUGUGCUUUAUCAGUCAGUCGGCGGCGCAGUCAUGAUUCCUCUUUAUCACUUGGCGUAUUUAAAGUCAUCGUCAGCACCUAACUACUGGUCACCGCCAUCCCGAGCCGUAUCACUUCCAUAUGCGCAAGCUUUGUUACCCAGCCUAGUUCUUGGUUAUCUGCUGCCAACGAUCUUGGUCUAUUUUCCACAAGGAAAUGUCUUCGUGACCCAGGGAUAUAUUGCCAUUUGGCAAAUAGCUCCUGUCAUUGUCAAUUUAUUGUUAUUUGUCCUUGCUCCAACAUACGCCGUUGGUCAGCCACGUACCAAUCGGAAUGAAGAGAACUUGGACGGAGACGUUAAGUAUUUGAAGCGAGUCUACAUGCUUAGCUUCUUUAUCGGGGCAAUCUCACAUUGGGCAGCUGCUGCGAUCUGCUUUCUGUCUUCAGACCCCAACUUAUCGUUCAUGCAUGCCUUUUGGCCAAGAGGUGAUCUCUUCCUCGGGCAAAUGAGCGCACUAACUUUGUCUGAAUGCGUACAUUACAUCUUUCAAAUGGACUGUUGGAUCAUAUUUGGUUCAUGUCUAGUAUGGGCAUAUAUGGCUGUUUUGGACAUGAAUCGUAUAUCAAACCAGUCAUUUGUCCCACCAGCUAAGGCGCUUGCCGUCAUGGCAUUGAAUACUGUUCUGUUCGGACCGGCUGCUACUGUAGCAGCAGUCUGGUACUCGAGGGAAUUAAAAAUGGCAGGAUUGGCAAAGGCCAAGGCACUUUGAUCUACAUAAACUAACUGGGGAAACGUCAAUCUCUUUGAUGCGCCUGAUUCUGUCUCAUUCAUGCAAUCAUCAUAUAAUCCAAUUUUGGAUCGUCUACCAUGGCAUAUUUACCAUCCAUGACAUCAUGGAUGUAACAUUCUUGUAUCAGCUUCCAAUUUGAGUCACUUUCAUUCUCCAAGGCCAACUCUCGAAAAAUAAACGGAACUGGAGAGCCUGCAAUAACGACCACACAAUCGCCAACCUCUGCUCUACCGGGUACCAUACCCAUCAUUCCCAGCUCUUUGGUCACGCAAAAUUUUUUUGUAUACAUAGUAUUCUGUAAUGCCAACCGAUAGGGCAAGCUCUUAGCAUCUGCUCGUCGAUAUU